GUGUUUUGUCCUGCCUGAGUGCCUUUUCCGUCGGGCCGAGAUCCCUUGAAUAGGAGUGGAAAGCUGGUAGGCGCUCGGUGUGGUCACUAUUGCAUAGAUACCUCGUUGUGAAGAUGAAUCCUAACACUCCUUUUGGUGGACAGCUGCCUAGCGUUUUCCAGGCACCACCUAAUAAGAGUUCUUCUGGAAUGAUUCAGGUUCAGCCACCGCUCCAGUUUGGUCAGCUCUCGCUGUUUGGACCAAACAGUGGAGGAGGGGUAAAGAAUCCAAGCUUCACACCCGCAUCUGACUUCACAAGGACAUCAGAACUACCUGGUUCGUCGGGUCAGACUUUGGGAUUUGGGCAGCCCCCGGGAUUUACACAGUCUUAUCUUUUUAGGCCUGCUGCAUCGUUUGUGGCUACUCCCACACCAACCGGCUCAUCCAUUGCUGGCAAACAAGGAUUCAGUUUUAAACCACCUACAAAUCUUGGGACUUCUCAGGCCUCUUUGGCGUUUGGAAAUACAUCUGGAGAAGUUUCAGGCAGUGUCUUCACGGGACCAGGUUUUAGCUUCAAAACUCCUGAGAAUGCAAUGUUCAAGCCAAUUUUUGGCAUUGGUUCAGAACCAGAGAAGACCCAAAGCCAAACCAUCCCAAGUCUAUUCGCGUUUUCCUUUCCAGGUGAAAGCGGGUCUGGAAGACUUGCCCCCUUUGGUGUUUCCCAGGAAACCAGCAGCUCAAGCGCUACUACGCAUUUUGGCUUUUCAAAACCAGGAAGCAGCAUUACUACUCUGUCAUCUUCCUUCCCUGCUACUUUACCAAGCAAAACUGUCGAGGAUGAUAAAAAAGGACCUAUAAAUCUCUUUGCAAAUCCUAGUAGCAGCUUUGGUAGUUUUUCUUACUCGUCUGGUGGGUCAAGCAGACCAGAGCAGGAAGCAUUUGUUGCUCCAAGCGAGCCUGUCGAGAAGGGAACGAAAAGAAAGGAAGACCAUUCCCCGAGGAGACGAGAUGAUACUGCAGAUGAUCCAGAGCUUCAGUCGAGGAGUGACUAUUCUUCCAAUAAGCGCCUGGUGAGGCUGACUCGGCCUCGCGUAGGGGGCCUCUUCAGCGUAACGUUGCAAGAUGUCUUGAAAAGCAAUAAAGACAAUGGGCGUCCUAAGAAAGAGCCCAAAAUGGAGAGGGUCUCCCUAGAGUCUGGAGAGCUGGAGCAGACGAGUGCAGCGGGGGGAAGCCAGUCUGGUUUGGCAUUGGCCAGGCCAUCCGUGUUACAGAAGGAGGAAGAGAAUAAGGCAAAGCAGAAGGAAAAGUCUUCUGUCUCAAAUCCCUCACGUCGAAAUCGGAACAGUGGGAGCACAGAAAGCCUUGGGGGCUUGCCACCAAGUGAACUAAAAGCCUUCCAGUGCAAAAACAUUCCCGAUUACCUUAAUGACAGAAAUGUUCUUGAGAAUCACUUCAAGAAGUUUGUUAAAAUCCACCGUAUUUAUACCAACAGAAGCAAAAAGUUGGCAAUUGUUCAUUGUUUGGAUCAUUCAUCUGCUGUUUUGGCCAGAAAGAAAGCCAAAUUGUUGCACAAAGAGAUAGUGACGUUUUGGCAAAAGAAGAAACCAAGUCCUAAUAAGAGAGAGUAUUCAGCCAAGGAGCAGCCGGGAGAUAUCAGUGAAGGGAGGCAAGUAACUGACCAGCCGAGUCAUCAGCAUUCCCUGCAGAGCAAGCCUUUAAUCCGGCCCACAGCUGGUGGGAUCCUUUUGAGCAAAAGCUCUCCAGUUAAGAAGCCUGGCCUUAAAAAGUCUCUGCAGUUUGAGGCAGAUACCUUUGAUCCUGGGUCCGAAAGCCACGGUUUGGAGAACUUGGAAGCAUCGGCGGCAUCUUUCGGGAAUCUCGUAGGCAUGGUAGCCGAGUCCUCCGAAGACAAAUACCGCCUUCUUGACCAGAGAGAUAAAAUCAUGCGGCAAGCUCGAGUGAAACAAAUAGAUCUCAGCCAGACUUUUAUUGGCACGUGCCCAGACAUGUGCCCGGAGAAAGAACGAUACAUGAGAGAGACGAGGAACCAGCUCAGUGUCUUUGAAGUGAUUCCAGGAACCGACAAGGUUGACCACGCAGCUGCAAUCAAGGAGUACAGCAGGUCUUCAGCAGACCAGGAAGAGCCUUUGCCACACGAGCUGCGGCCUUUGGAAGUGUUGAGUAUGACCAUGGACUACUUAGUCACUCAGAUCAUGGACAAGGGAGAAGGGAACUUCCGGGAGUGGUACGAUUUCGUAUGGAAUAGGACUCGUGGGAUAAGGAAGGAUAUAACCCAGCAGCAUCUCUGCAGUCCCCUGACGGUUUCCUUGAUCGAGAAAUGCACUCGCUUCCACAUCCACUGUUCCCACCACCUGUGCGAGGAGCCCAUGUCCUCUUUCGACGCGAAGAUCAACAAUGAGAACAUGACCAAGUGCCUCCAGAGCCUGAAGGAGAUGUAUGAGGACCUGGCCAACAAGCAGGUGUACUGCAAGAACGAAGCAGAGUUCAGGGGCUACAGUGUCCUCCUGAACCUCAACAAGGGAGAUAUCCUCCGGUAA